UCUGUGUUCUAUAUAAAGCAGUCUUAUCAGGAAUAAUGUCACAUUACAACAAAAUCAAACUCAUUGAGCGGAUGUAUUGUUAAACACCAUUCAUUUACAGGCGAAAACUCUAUUACCAUGGACGGUUAUAAUUAUUCUUCUUCAUCUGCAUACUUACAGCGGCACUCAAGAGAUACAGUAGAGGGCAUGAAAGCACCAAACUCUUAUCAUUCAUCGCUCCAUGCAGUGCGUAAGGCUCCAUUAAAGCCAUGGAAGAAACCAAUAGCACCACUGCCACCAACAAGACCAAAAGUGUACAAAGUGGAUCCUGUAAACUUCCUGGACCUGGUUCAAAAGCUGACUGGUUCAUCCGAAUGCCAGUCUCAACGUCUCAAACGUGUGGCUCCACCUCCAUUGAAUGUCGCGCCAAUCUCAUGUUUCAGUGGAGACAAUUAUGCAGCUGCACCCCUGCAGCUGCUUCCUUCACCAGCAAAGACGCCAUUGUCUGCUCUUUACAAGGAGUUGAUGUCCGAAAUGUCAGAUUCGAAACCCCAAAAGAUGUUGGAUUGUGGGAUGGAAUCGAAUUCACUUGGAUUGAGUUUGUCACCAUCUUCUCAUACCUGGUGUGCUUUCCCUCUUUUGAGUCCUGGAACUCUUUCCAGUUUGGAGCAAAGCACAGUUCUUUAGUUCUUUCAGAAAUGUUGCAUCUACUAUUUUCAUGUACUUUUUUCUUUUUUUAGUUUUGUUGGAAAUGGUUGAACCUGAUCAUCAAGAAAGUCAAAGCAGUUAUAGUUAAUAUUUGUGCUGGACAACCAUAGAUUAAAAUAACAGCUGUUCACUAUUAAUAUCUGCUAAGGAUUAAUUUCGAAGCUUUGGCUUUCGAUUGUUCCUUUUUCCGAUAUACAUGUAUAGUGUCCUGUAAAGUUCAAAAGAUAAUAAAUAAGUCACAUGCUAAUCUACUUCUUUAGUCCUUUACAGAGUUAUAG